CCCCUCCACCCCACAAGGAAGCGGAGAACAUCCAUCAGCUCCAUCCGCCUCUCUCAGGCAGAUACCUGCGGCUUUCCCUGGGCUCUGCUCCGGAGCGUCGAGCUGCUGGUUCCACUGAGGCGCUUCCAGUCCCGGCGCGGAUUUUUUUCUCCCGGCCGAGACCGAGGAGGAAGAAGAUGCGACGCCUCGGAGGAGGAGGAGGAGGAGACGAACUGGCCAGGCAGCAGCAGACACCUGAGAGGAGGAUCUGAGUUUGUUUUCAGCAGCGCUAAGGUUUCUUGCGGUCAUCACUAUGACUGAUGGGGAUUAUGACUAUCUGAUCAAGCUGCUGGCGCUGGGCGACUCGGGCGUGGGGAAGACCACCUUCCUGUACCGCUACACCGACAGCAAGUUCAACCCCAAGUUCAUCACCACAGUCGGCAUCGACUUCAGGGAAAAGAGAGUGGUGUACACAGCGUCCAACCCUAAUGGGACGACCACAGGGAAGACCUUCAAGGUUCACCUGCAGCUCUGGGACACAGCCGGCCAGGAGAGGUUUCGCAGCCUGACGACGGCAUUCUUCAGGGACGCCAUGGGCUUCCUGCUGAUGUUCGAUCUCACCAGCCAGCAGAGCUUCCUCAACGUCAGGAACUGGAUGAGCCAGCUGCAGGCCAACGCGUACUGUGAGAACCCGGACAUCGUGCUGGUGGGGAACAAGGCAGACCUGGCCGACCAGCGGGAGGUCCAGGAGAAACAGGCCAAGGAGCUCGCCGACAAGUACGGGAUCCCGUACUUUGAGACGAGCGCGGCGACGGGGGCGGAGGUGGACAAGGCCGUCAUCACCCUGCUGGACCUGGUCAUGAAGCGCAUGGAGCAGUGCGUCGACAAACCCCCCGCCGAGCCCGCCAACGGGAACGGCGCCGCCAAGCUCGGCUCCGCCCCGCCCGGCGAGAAGAAAUGUGCAUGCUAGAUCAGCUGGGAAACAGGAAGUGACCCGACGGCGCUCCUCGUCUUGCCCGUCCUCCCCCUUCUGUUCGCUUCCUCCUCUUCUCUCUGUCCACUUCAGUUGCAUGAUUCCUCCUCCUCUUCGUUCUCACUCCUCCUCCUCCUCCUCCUCCUCCUCCUCCUCCCUGUCUGCCGCUCUGGCCUUGAAACAGCUCCAGCCCCCUCUAGUGGACAUUUCAAGGUAUUGCAGUCAGUCUGGAUCUGGGAGGAGCAGCCAGGAGGAAGUUUCACCACCGCCUGCCGCAGCCGGAGGCUCUGAGGGCCCAACGCUCACGUCACCGCCAGGGCUGGAGCUUGUUUGUUUGUUUGUUUGUUUGUUUGUUUGUUUGUUUGUUUGUUUGUCUCAGUGGAUUGGAUGGAUUUGCACAGGAAAAAUGGACAGAGGAUGUUUCAAACUUUUCAUUGAAACUCUUUUGGGGCCACAGGUUUGAUCAGUUCAUCUCUAAACACAGGCUUGGAAAAAAAGCAAACUCUGGUUCCUCUGGUUCCUGUUGAGAACAUCACGUCUGCAUGAAGCCUGGUGCAACGGGCACGCCACUCCACCAGGGGGCAGCGUGUCAGCGUCACGCUCUGAAACCUGCGGGGCUUCAUGACGUGGCCUGCAGGGGGCGACAGGGUCCACACCAGCAGGCAGGCGGGGGGCCUGUGAGCGACCCGAGUUCAAAUCAUAUCCAAACAAAACAGUUUGUUUUUAAUAUUGGCUAAUGUUAGCUUGCUAGUUAAAGUUUCCUAACCUUAACCUUAACCUUAACCUAACCCUUAAUGUCAUCUUAACCAAGUGUUUUAGCCAGUAUUAGCUAACGAGCUUGGAAGCGAACGAGUUAACAGUUAGCUAAGACUAAGAAGCUAACAGGCUAAUGAUUAGCAAGCUAAAGUUCAUGCAUGCACAGAUUAGCGCCUCGGCGCUGACACGGUUCCCCUGGUGGAGCGGUGGGGCUGUUUCACGCCGCGGCGAGGUAUCAGGUUGCCAGGCAACACGACCGAGAGGAGAAACGCUGCACAGCUAACCGAAACAGAAAGACAAACAAACAUAUUUGUGAAAAUGAGCUUUUUGUGGCGCUUGAUUUUGAUUCAGAUUUUAAAAAUCAAAACAAACAACAACAAAAAAACGUCGGUGGCUUUUGAAAGACGUAACUCAGUAAUUCUGUGCACAUCAGCGCGGCUCGUUAGGAUUCAUUUAGCUCCCAUCUGAUUGGCUGAUAUUAACCUCUGGUCAGUUUUUAACAGCUUCAGCUGCACGUCGAUGAUUUGAAUGAAUCUGCAGAAACUUUCACUUCCCCCGUCGUGGUUCCUGUGUUUUCUUGUAAAUUUACUACUUUAGACUCCGAAUUUUUGAGUUUUUUUUCCGCAAAUUUGUGAGUUUAUCAUCUUAGAAUUUUUGGAGGUUUUUCCUCAUAAUUGUAUGAGAUUUUUUCUUAUAUAUUUACCACUUUAAUCUCAGAGAAUAUCCAAAUUUCUUUGAGGAAAAAGAAGAACUCAGAAAUUCUGAGAUGAUAAAGUCACAGAAACAAAACCUGUGAAAACCAGAAUCACAAUCUUCUGAUUGUGAUUCUGGACUUUGCAGAGACGUCACCGUGACUCGGGCCGAUUCAGAAGAAAACAACACGGUGAUUUUCUAUUUUUAACUCAUAAAUUUGUGCGUUAUUUUCUCUAAGUUUACCACUUUAAUCUCAUAGAGUGUCUGAGUUUUUUUAAUGUAAAUUUACCAGUUUAGUCUCAGACAAUAUAUGAAUUUUCUUUCUUGUAAAUUUUUUUACUUUAUUCUUUGAAUUUCAGAUUUUUUUUCCUCUGAAUUUUAUAUUGAAUAUUGAAUAUUGGGGAAAGGCUGUUCCAGUCUGGUUUGCCCUGUGAGGCUGCGGCACGUCACCGGAGCGGCAGGAGGAAAAAAACGAAACCAAACAAAACAGAAAGUGUUGUUCCAGACUGAUCGACUGCCUCGAGCCAAUCAAUCAAUAUUAACCCAUCGAUCAGGCCCGGAUCGUUAGGACUAAAAUAAAUGAGCAGAGCGAUGAAAAGAUUAGGGGGAAAAAAACCUUCCAGCGACAUUGCAAUGAAAUCAGGAAUAUUGGAGUGAAUUUGCAAGAUAAAGAAACGAGUCACAGCCGGUUGGUUAAAUUUGACUUCAUUCACGAGUCGUCUCAUUCCGGCGGCGGUGUGUUCGGGGCGGUACACACCCGGGAAGCCACGUGAUGAGCUUUAUUAUCCGGCUCCACGUGUUCAGGUCUGAGAUUAGUGGGAUUAAAUAAAAUCUGCAUUCAGAAACUGAGAAAAACAAGAAAAAAACUCACGGGUGCUCGAGUGUCCACCUGAUGGCGCCGAUCGCAAAAGAACUCCAGUUUCCGACGUACAUUUCAGGAGCAUCAUGGCGUCGCACGUACCGUUAGCCGCUGAGCUAACGUUAAUGCUAACAGUACCGGUAUUUAAAUGUCCGAUUCGUUCAAACGUGAUGGUUUUCUUUGUUGGAUUGCUCGCCUAAUCCCAACCUCGCCGGUGCAGUCAGCAUUUCCAAGGUAACAGCGAGCUCCACCAAUCAGAGCUGUGGAUAGGAUUGUGGGUAGUGUAGUGCUUUUUCUGUGAGUAAAACUCGUUUUUCUAAAAACAGAGUUGAUUUUAUUCAACUUGUAGCUUCUACAGGAGCAGAGCGUUGCUUUAGAGUCUCGCAGCUUGAGGUCAGUCGGCCUUCAGUGGUGACGACAUUAUGGCUGAUAAUCCUAAUCCUAGUCACAGAAUAUCACUGGGAUUUCACUUCACUGCCCGGGUCUGUAGGGAGGAAAAAAAAUUAUGCAGCCGAGGGAUGAGAGCGGAGGAGGGUACAUUCUGGGGAAAAAAAAAAAAAACUCAGAAUUUCCAAAACUGUAAAUUUACAUGAAAAAAAAAA